GCCACUGACGUGCGAACAACAAAAGUUGUCACUUUUAUAUCAACUUACCUGUAGCGUGUCGAUCACUGAUAUCUCUGUGCCAUUAGGUUUCCGGUCUGCUGAUCACGGCUCAUUUCUGCCGGUAAUCGAUUUGUGCGGUACUUUCGGCGUGACCAAGGUGACAUCUUCAACAGCCCAACACGAACUAUGGCUGUCCACGCAUAUAGUAGUGCAAAUCCCUCGGCAAAUGGGAUCGUGAGGUUCAGUUUGCUGCUGCUUUGCAUGGGCAUGCUUGGAUUGGCAUUCGCUUGCAACGGUGGCUACAAGGUCAGGGUGAAGAAGAUCGAAAACUGUGCUGGACCGGACGCGGUUAUUACGGCCGACGAGAACUUUACGGUCGUGCUGACCAAGAACUGUGAAAUUAAGUCCCGUGGUUGCGUGCGGUUUAAGGACUUCAAAACGGCCAACGCCAAGUAUACGAUCAGCAAGGAUGGAGUGCAAGUGCUGCAGGGGUCGAUGGACCUCUGUGAUCAGGCAUCGCGUCCAAGGCGCACGGAGCACAUCGCCGAGUUGCUGCGAAGUCUUGGUGUACCGGAAAAGUGCCCCAUAAGUGCGGGAGAAAUUUGCACCGAACCAAGUCAAGUGGUAAACAUCAAUCGCUUCAAGCAGUACCUUCCUCUGGCCCGAGGUGCUAUCGGUGUAGAUGUGGCCGUACAACACGAUUCGGGAAAAAGCUGCUUCAAGAUACGCUUUGACAUUACCAAGUAACAACUUCAGAGCUGCGCUUCCAACUUCAUCAGCAACAAUCCUCCUAUUGUCAAAGGCUGGUAAACGUGCAACAGGAUCAAACAAUCAUUUAACGGUUGGCCAUCCAGAACCUUCUGAGCAGUUUGGCGUAAACCGUGAUGUGAUAACAGUUGAUUGUAAAAAUAAAAUACACCAAUAUCGCAAUGUUAUUUCACGAUUACUAUCGAUUAACCUAAAUUGGUUCUAUAAGUUAAUUAGGGGCUGUUAUUUUCUACAAAAAUCUUUAAUGUAAUGAUUCUUCAUCUAUCAAAACCAUUCUUUGAACACGUAAGAGAAUAGCAUUGCUUACCUUAGUAUCGAG